AUUCCCACUGUGAUGCCACAGCCUGUGAAGGCAGCUCCUGGUCCUUUGUGUUUUAAAACACAAGUUGUGUACUGAGAGCUGCUCUCUGAGCCUGGCUGAAGUGCUGGACGGAGCUGGAAGCAGAAGUGUUUUCAGAGCAUGCUGGACAGGAUUUUUAUGGUGAUUUUUCUUUUAAUUAAAAAUGUCCUCUAAAACAGCUGGUGGAGACAGUGCCAUGAGCUGGUAUUGUACACUGUUGCCUACUGCAGUGGUUUGUAGCCUGUGAGAAGGAGCAAAUGACAGACCAGGUAUGGAGAGAACUGGAUGGUGAGGCAUCUUAAGCUCACGCAGAGCCUGGCUGGAAAGCCCUGCUAAAGAAACCACCGGGAAUGGAGGGCUUGUCCCUGAGAAGAUCAGACCUGCCUAUUUAAUUCCUUGCGGACCUUUCGGAGGAGCAGCUGCAGCAGCCGGGACAGAGCAGGGAGCAUGGCCGGGGGGCGUCUCCCGGGGCUGCUUUUCAUCUUGCACGCCGCGGCUCGCCUGGCCGCCGAGCAAGAAGUUGAAAACCUCUCCGGGCUCUCCCCUAACCCCGAGAAGGACAUCUUCGUGGUGCGGGAAAACCGGACGACGUGUCUCAUGGCCGAAUUCGCCGCCAAGUUCAUCGUCCCCUACGACGUGUGGGCCAGCAAUUAUGUGGAUCUGAUCACGGAGCAAGCCGACAUCCCGCUGUCGCGGGGCGCCGAGAUGAAGGGCAAGUGCGGCACGAACGAGUCGGAGCUGGAGCUCUCCUGGCUGGACCAAGCGUACACCCUCAAGCUCUCCUUCCUGAAGGAGGGGCACAACACGUCCCGGGGCCCGGAGGCGUCGUGGAAGCUCAGCCGGAUCCAGUUCACCUACGACACCUCCGAGCGCACCUACUUCAAGGAUGCCGUCAGCCCCGGGAAGCACACGGCCAGCUCGCACCGGCUCUCGGCCCUGGUGACCCCUGCCGGGCGGUCCUACGAGUGCCAGGCGCAGCAGACCAUCUCCCUCGUCUCCAGCGACCACCAGAAGUCCGUGCAGCUCCUGCUGUCGGAAGUGCGGCUGCAGCCCUUCGACAUCCCCGCGGAUUUUGUCUUCAGUGAAGAACACAAGUGCCCGGUGGACCAGAGGGAGCAGCUGGAAGAAACGCUGCCCCUGAUCCUGGGGCUGAUCCUGGGGCUGGUGAUCGUGAUCACCCUCGGCAUCUACCACAUCCACCACAAGCUGACAGCCAGCCAGGUGCAGAUCCCUCGGGACAGAUCUCAGUACAAACACAUGGGGUAGGAGCAGGACCGAGCAACCCGAGCAUUGAUCAGGUAGAAACAGCAAAAGCACUUUUUUCUGUGGGUGAGAAAACGUUCUGGGGGGCAAGGGAUGGUAUUCACAGCACCUAAUCCUGAGUAUUUCAUGGAGACACUCAGGCUAAGGCUUGGCUUUAACACAGCCUCUGUAAGGAGAAUCAGUGUCUGAGGUGCCUGUAGGUGGUUUGAAUACCUUCUUUAAGCAGCUGGGCUGAUCAUCUGGAAACAGAAACACUUCACAUGUCAGAGUUUCACACUGGGAGCACAAUUAGCUUUCUUGUUUUAUUUAUUUUUUCCCUUUUUCCCAUCUCCAGAGGUUCUUACCUCCCCCUGCAUCACCUUUGGAGCAUUCAGCCCUCCACGUUCCUGUCUGUGCAGGAAGCAGGGCUGGGAGACAGAGCCAUUGCACAGGGCUCAUUCAGGCCCUCUAGUGAAGGGACUCAAACCACAUCCCCCAGUUUGCACUCAUGUUAAGAAAAGCAUGGAGGCAAAUGCAGGUGUGCUUUGGGGAAAAAAAAAUAAAAUUCAAGGUCAGUAACUCCAGUGGAGCAGAUCACAGCUGUGGAGCUGACCCCACACUUGAGAUUGGGUGAAGAAAGUUUGUUUUUGCUUCUUGAGCCACAUCUGAACUAAACUUAGAAAAAAAAAAAGUAAAAAAAAAAAGUAUUGAUACACAAAUUAUAAAGUGCCGUGCUACUGCAAGUCAACUGAGAAAUGCUUCUGGCUGGGCAUCCUGCACGUGUUGUGAUUGUGGUUGAGAUGUUACAUUGCUACCUGCAACUGAUAAUUUUCACAACAAAACAAACAAAAAAAAAAAAAAAAAAACAAGAAAAAGAAAACAGUAAUGUUAAAGUUACUAUGCAGAUUAUUCAGGUGUAAUCUAAUGUAACAGAAAA